AUUUUUAAUAGUUUAUAUAACUAUCAAUUUCUAGUAUUUAUAUAUUCUUAAUUUCUUGUAAUAAUUAACUUAAUUGAUUUUUUGAGAUCACUAAAGCUCGAAUUUUGUUUCCAUUUAGUGAUCACCUUUGAUUUACAUGAAAAUGUUAAUAAAAAAACGUGUCAUGUUCAGUAAAUUUAGAAUUAAAGGACGACAUUGUGCCCGAUUUUUCUCGUCGCAGUCUAAUGUUGGGGAAACAAAUAUUACGUUUACAAACGGAACAAGUUUGAAACUAUCAACUGGCCAAUAUGCUCGUUUUGCUGAUGGUGCCUGUGUGGCUACUCUUGGUCAAACCAGUGUACUAUCAACAGUGGUCUCCAAAGCUAAACAGAGUUCAAGCAAUUUCCUGCCGCUUGUGGUCGAUUACAGGCAAAAAGCGGCGGCAGCAGGAAGAAUACCUACUAACUUUUUGAGGAGAGAAUUAGGUCCAACAGAACGCGAGAUUCUAACGUCGCGGCUCAUAGACCGCUCGCUGCGCCCCCUGUUUCCCCAAAACUACAACUAUGACACCCAGGUAGUAUGUAACAUGCUAGCGGUGGACGCGACCAACCCUCCCGAGACUAUUGCAGUUAAUGCCGCCAGCGCUGCGUUGGCUCUCUCCGAUGUGCCAUGGAAUGGUCCCAUUGGAGCAGUCAGAUUAGGCAACAUUGACAAUGAAAUAAUAAUCAACCCUACACGUAAAGAUUUAGAAAAGUCAAGUUUGAAUUUGGUGGUGGCAGCAACCAAAAGCAACCUGGUCGUGAUGUUAGAAGGCAGCGCUGCGGAUAUCUUGCAGCAGGAUCUGCUGAAAGCAAUCAAAUUAGGUACUAAAGAAGCCCAACACAUAGUUAGAGGGAUAGAAAAAUUGCAAAAGGACCAUGGGAAAAUGAAGCGGGAGUACGAAAUACCAUUGCCUUUAGAACAAAGCAUCGUUGAUAACAUCAAGACAUUAUCUACAAUGAAAAUUAGAGAAAUUCUUAGUGAUCACUCCCACGACAAGCUAUCCCGAGACAUUGCCAUCUCCGAACUUCGGCAGACGGUCCUCAACCAGCUGAGAGACACCGAAGCUGACGUGGGCCAGCUACAGGACUGCUUCAAUACCAACCUCAAGCAGAUCUUCAGGGAUAUGAUAUUUGAAACGGACACGCGAUGCGAUGGAAGGCAUUUAGAUGAAUUGAGAAAAAUCAGUUGUCAGGUGUCCCUGUACGAGCCGCUGCACGGCAGCGCGCUGUUCCAGCGCGGGCAGACGCAGGUGCUGGCCACCGUCGCCUUCGACUCGCCCGACAGCGCCCUCAAGAUGGACACGCUCACCAUGCUUACCAGCGGUAUAAAAGAGAAGAGCUUCUUCCUGCACUACGAGUUCCCAGGGUACGCGACGGGCGAGGUGGGGCGCGGCGGCGGCGGAGCGCCAGGGCGGCGCGAGGCGGGCCACGGCGCGCUGGCGGAGCGCGGCCUGCUGCCCGUCGUGCCGCACCAGCCCUACACGCUGCGCCUCACCGCCGAGGUGCUCGAGUCCAACGGGUCGAGCUCGAUGGCCUCAGUGUGCGGCGGGUCGCUGGCGCUGCUGGACGCGGGCGUGGCAUUGUCGGCGCCGGCUGCGGGUGUCGCCAUCGGUCUUGUGUCGCGGUACGACGGGUCCCAGAUCGCAGACUACAGGAUACUCACUGAUUUGUUAGGUAUAGAAGAUUACAUGGGUGAUAUGGACUUCAAAGUGGCGGGAACGAAGAAGGGUAUCACGGCGCUGCAGGCCGACGUCAAGAUACCAGGUCUCCCCCUCAAAGUUGUCAUGGAGGCAGUCCAGAAAGCUUGUGACGCGAAAAGCAAGAUCAUCGAUAUUAUGAAUCAAUGCAUCGAUAAACCAAGACAAACCCGCAAGGAGAACAUGCCUGUGAUAGAGGAGCUGACGGUGGAAGUCCACAAGAGGCCGAAGCUGGUCGGUCUCGGUGGUAUCAAUCUAAAAAGACUGUAUGUAGAGACUGGAGUGCAGGUGACCCCAAUAGACGAAACAAAAUACACAAUAUUCGCCCCGUCCCAAGCCGCGAUGGAUGAGGCGCGGGCUCGAAUAGCCGAAUGGUUGAGCGCAGAACGAACGCCAGAACUCGAAUUUGGUGCUAUAUACAAAGCUAAAGUGGUCGAAGUCAGAGAUAUCGGGGUGUUAGUGACGCUGUAUCCAGGCAUGUCGCCAGCUUUAGUUCAUAAUUCACAGUUGGAUCAUAGGAAGAUAAUGCACCCGUCUGCGCUCGGCCUCGAUGUGGGCUCAGAGAUCCAGGUGAAGUACUUCGGACGGGACCCCGUCUCCGGCCAGCUGCGGCUCUCCAAGAAGGUGCUCACGUCACCGCCGCCGCCACACGUCAGGAAACUGGACAAGACUAUGGACUGAACGAAUCGAAAGACUGAUAGUGUCUACUGCGAAGUGCUCAUAUGUUGUUGUGAAUUGAGACGUGAGUGAGAGUGUCCAGAAGAGGUUUUUGUUUGGACUCGAUUACAAAUGAUGCCAGUGAUUAAUAAGUUUACCUUCGCUGUUCUGUGAAAAUGAUUUUUUUUUCAUUGGACACGUUUCUUACAAUCAUUCUCAGUCUAUGUUUUAAUAUUGAAACCUAAAAAGACAAAAUGAUAAAAUCAUUUUUAACCGAUUUAAACACAGAAUUCCUUUUCUUAGAAGUAUAGAAAUUUUAUGAAAUUUUUGGCUUUAAUUCGUGUAGUUGAUUUUUGAGAUGACUCCUUUACCAAUUUUGUUGAAAUUGCAGUUUUACUUUUUUAAUUAUUCAUGUCUAUCAAUUGGGUAGUUCACUGUAGGUCUUAUGUCCCUCUAGUUUUAUUCACAAGUGCAAGUUUUCAAAAUCCUUUUCUUGGUAUAUCAUCGUAUAUUUCGGAUAUUCGCUUAAUAGUGGAUGAUUAUGACAUACUAUUAAGAAUCUCUUGAAUAACAUAGGAGAUAAAGGCCACAGAAAUUCUUCCAAUUGUUAUGAAUUUUUUUUUAUUGUACUGGCCAUUGGAUAUUAAAUUUUGUUGCACAAGAAUAUAUAAAAGUGGAUGCAACAAUCGCUAAACCACGACAGCUAAAUUCUAAAUUUGAAUCAUUUCCAUUUUUUUUUUUAAUGUUUUGUGUCCUCAAUAGUAUACCAUAGAAUAUAAACUGUUUUUUUUUUUUAUACUUGACGUAUUUAGCAAAUAAUCUUGAUCUUUUUACAAGCAUAAGCAAAUGGAAUAAUAAUUGUAAUUUACAUGAUAUUUGAUUUUAUAUUUUAGUUUGUCUUAUUUCAAAAUGACCAUAUAUGCCAGGAUUGUUUACUAUAUAUGUCAAAUAUUAAUAAACCAAGUAUGUUACUUGGUUCGGAGCAAUCAAUAUAAGAAUCUGACGACGCCUCAUUCGGAUUUUAUAAAUCCAUCAAGUUAGUUUAGAUUAUAUGUUACGCCAAAGUACCAAAACUGUUAAUAUCAAAAAAGUUUAUCAUAUGUAUAUUUAUUUCCAAAUUUUCCUUCUUUUUUUAGCAGUCGGAUAAAUCCAAUUAGUACUGAAUAAAAUCGAAAGUGUGUAAGAAUGU